UAUUGCAGAUUUGUUCGAGUUAUAACUUUACCUAUACCUUUCUUCGUUGUUCUAGCUUGGGAUGAUCUGAAACACUGGAAGUUAACAUGUAUAUUGUACCAUACAACAGUGAUUUGUACAGGUGGCACAGAAGAUAGACACUGUUCUACUCGACGAGGAGACAAGCAAGACGGAUUAACCCUUGACAGAUACCAUGGGUUCUGUUAACACAACACUCACCUCGGAAGACAAGGAUGAACACGGAUGCGACUAUUUCGCAAGCUUUGAUCACUUUCCCUAUUCGGAAACAUCCCACGAAUCCUUCUACCUCGGUCGCUACUCCCGUGAAGGCAAAUACAGCUACAAACACGACGACCUGUGUCGCAUCAGGGCCAAGAAACACAAGGUAGGACGCCGUCGUCACUGGGAGUGCAAUGUAAGGAUUGGUCAGGUGGCUCAGGAGGUCGCCAAGGACUUUAACAAGGUGGUGGUCAAGCAGAAGGACAAGAUCAUCAUCUCAGUCCCCAUCCGAGCCGAAAUGUCCACCGUGUUCAACGAAUGGUCGCCGGUUGGGCUGUGCAUGAAAUGUUGCAGUCACCACGAGAAGAAGCUUGUGGUUGGGGAGGUCGUCAUUCUGGAACCCUACUUCAGCAGUUAUGAGAACGAAUACUACAGUGACUCAACAGGGUGUUCUGAGAACGAGAACCUGAGCGAGGAAGACAAGAACAUUACACAAGCUUUCUCUCAUUACUCAUGGGAACACAGUGGUGGUAAGUAUGUCAUAUGUGGACUGAAGGGGAGGAAGAUGGACAAGGAGUAUUAUUUACGUGGCCCGACCGUUCACUCCAACCCAGUGGCCGGCAGGGGCGGAGAAGAGGGCGAGGGGGGUGAGGAGGAAAACGAACACGAGGAUUUUGGGGACAAGGAUGAAGGGUUGCUUGGAAUCCGGAAUUUCUUUGUGAAUCACGAAUGCAACAAACUUUGUGAGAACUUUUCUAAAUUAUAAACGAAGACGAGUCUCACAUGUAUACUGACAAUUACAUUUGGAGAAGCAUGAGUUGGUUCGCUGAUAAAAUAUUUUAAACGAGGUGAACGCUUGUUUCAGAUUUUCCUCUGAAUCAUCAUAUGACAUUACCAGUUCCUGUUGUAUAUAGACGAAUUUUAUAUUUUGUCAUCUAAAUUCUUGUGUUUCA